GGGGAGCACUAUGAAGCAGCAUAUGGUAAUGGCUGGCGACGGGCCGUUUCUUCCAGAAGAAAUAAUCAGAAACAUUCUCAAACGGCUUCCGGCAAAAUCCCUGAUCCGAUUUCGGCGCGUGUGCAAACAGUGGAGAAAUCUCUUCAAGACCCCAUCUUUUAUCGAAGAACACCUCAAUCACACUAGUCAUCAAAAUCCUUCUCUUCUUCUCCAACGGAAUGACUUAUGGUUGCUCAACCGUGACAUGCAACUCGAUAAAGUUGAUAACGCAACUUUGAUCGAUUCCUCGAAUACCUUUCGAGUCGUCGGUUCCAGCAAUGGCUUGCUCUGUGUUUGGGUCGAUCAUUAUAUUAUAUCUCCUUCCCUUUUAUUGUGGAAUCCAGCGACUAGAGAGGUCAGACAGGUGCCACCCUCUAUUACAGGUGCAGAUAGCCCUUUCAGUAUAGGAUUUGGCUUCAGUCCAAUUGUUAAUGAUUAUAAGAUAGUGGUAACUUAUGAUUCUGUUUGUCCUUAUGAGGUUCUGCUUGUUGUAGUGUAUUCAUUAAGCUCAGGGUCAUGGAAGGAAGUAGAAUAUGGGAUAGAGGGCGUAGGUCUUUGUUCUGAAAGCAUCACUGUUAAUGGGGCUAUGUUUUGGUUUGGGUUUGGGCGGAAGCAAGAUACAGAUACUUAUUACGAAGUGAUAGUUUCAUUUGACAUAGCAAAUGAAGUGUUUGCUUUGAUAUCAAUACCCGCUUGGUCUACUUCAAUUUCAAGAUCUGGGUUUACUGUGUAUGAGAACAAACUUGCUGUGCUUUCUUUUCCUGCUAUUCAAGACUCUGAAUCUUGGAUUGAAUUGUGGGUGAUGGAGGAUGUUACAGGUGCAUCUUGGUCUAAGAAAUAUAGUAGCUGUCUCUUUCCAUGCUUGGCACGUCCGGUGACUAUUUGGAGGAAUCAAAUUGUUUGUGACGGUAUUGUUGUUUGUGAAAAUGAACGCCAAGAGUGGAAUCAUGAACAAAAAAUCUCUCUGAUAAAUAUCACUACCAAUGAAUUGAGGACGUUUGAUAUCAGCAAAUGUGGUGAUGUCAAUGGAGGUGCGGCAAUUUUCUCAGAGUGCAGUUUCUAUCUGAUCAGGCGAUGCAACUUGCUGGGAGAAAAGCCCUCAGCAGAGGCGACUGCAUGUUUGCUUAUUCAGAAGUCCGAUUUAGGUUUUGGCCAACGCAGCCUCCACUUCUCUCGUCUUUGCUGAGAAAGGUCAGCUGUCGCUCUUUGUUCCAAGAUUUUUCUUCAUCUCACCUGCUGAAGAAAGACUGGCCAUCUUUGGCCACAGUAAGCCUGGCGAGAAAGAUCUUUCUUCAUCUCAACCGCUCAAUAAGUUCCUUCCAUAUAUUCAUCAUUAUUGUUUCAAAAGUUUUCAAUUUUUGGGUCUCUGUUUUCCUACUACUUAUUACCUGUGCUCUGUGCCUUUUUUCUUUGUUCCAAUUCUUGAUUCAUGAAUCAUAACUCGUGCUGAUGAUGCCCCUUACUUGAGUCUGCAGUACAACCUUAAAUAUGAAGUCCCUACAAAAUUUCAAGUUCAUGACUGUCAAUGCUGACAUGUUAAGAUGCCUAUCUAUGGAGUAAAUUCAUUGUGGAGAUGCCUAUCUAUUGAUCGUCCUCCAAAAAAAAAAAAAAAAUCAAGUGCACUCUAAGAUAGUUGAUUCAAAACUAUUUUUCCUCUCUCCUCCCAGCAAAUCUGCAAACGUCUUACUACUUCUGGGCAAAGUGGCUGCAUAUACAUUGACAUUAAUGGGUUUUCUUUAUAGCCAAGUGAUGCCAAUCCUGAGACCUGAGGAAUCCUUGAGAUGCCUAUCUAUGGAAUGUUGUGGGGUUUUUGCAAUGGUUCAGUUCCAUCCAGGAUCACCAGACUGGGAUUGAGAACAAAAAGAGACUAACACUAUGUAUAGCUGAUUAGGAGUUAGUACUUUAUCAAAUCCAGAAUAAUAUAUGCAAGUGCCACUGUUAUGAUAUCCUUUAAUCCUAACUUAUUUUUCAAUAACAACAACAACAACAACAAGCCUUUAUCCCACUAGGUGGGGUCGGCUACAUGGAUUGCAAGACGCCAUUGUGCUCUAUCAUUUAUCAAGCUUUUAGGAAUAUUAUUAAUUAAGAGAUCGCGUUUAAUAACUUUCAAGAGUGUUCUCUUAGGCCUUCCUCUACCUCUCUUAAUCAGACUCAAAGUUAUAUGUUCCACUCUUCUCACUGGUGCCUCUCUUGGUCUUCUUUGUACAUGCCCAAACCAUCUCAACCGAUUUUCUACCAUUUUUUCCUCAAUAAGUGCUACCCUCAUUUUUUCGCGUACGUGCUCAUUUCGAAUUUUAUCUUUACGUGUAUGUCCGCACAUCCAUCGUAACAUUCUCAUCUCUGCUACUCUAAUUUUAUGCUUUUGCUGUCCCGUUAGAGCCCAGCAUUCACUACUAUAUAACAUUGCCGGUCUGAUAGCAGUACGAUAAAACUUUCCUUUAAGUUUAUUAGGCACCUUACAAUCGCAAAUAACUCAUUUAGCUUUUCUCUAAUUAAACCAUCCAGCUUGAAUUUUAUGUGAAUAUCUCCACUGAUUUUGCCAUCAUUUUGAAUAAUGGCUCCCAAAUAUCUAAACUUUUCCACUUGAGGUAUAAUUUGAUCUCCCAAUUUCGCUUCCAAAUUAUUGUCAAAUAGUCCUUUACCAAAUUUACAAUAUAAAUAUUCCGUCUUCUACUCAGACGAAAACUUUUCGACUCCAAUUAUAACUUAUUUUUCAUUUCAGAUAAAAACUUAGACUAUGUUUGUUUGGUGACACCACUCUGAAUGCUGUGAAUGACAAGAUUUUAGAUAUUGUGCCUCCUGUAGUUGUCGUCCAGAUGUGUGUUCUGGGAUUCUACAAAGGUGAAUCUGGUAUUUUUCCAUAUUCUUCAUUCUUAAUUUAUCAGUCCAGCAUUUUUUAAAAUGUUAUUCCCUUCACUUCUAGGCAAUCCUCAACUUUCAAACUAUGAUGAUGCUACCAAGGUUUUUAAUAAUCCUGACAGAAUAAUUUGAUCAGAAACUACUGUUCAAUAGUUGCUUGCUCAAGUUUGCAGAAUAAUUUAACAGAAAUUAUCCUUCACCAGACAGGUAGACAAUUUGAUACUGUCAAUUCCUACAGGAUUCAUGUGUAUACUAUAUUUUUGCCCCAGAAUUCUAGGAAAAGAUAUUUCCCUAGAACACUUCAUAUUCUUGCUAGAAGAGAGAUGGUCAUGAGAAUCAAGAUCGGUGAAUUCAACCUUGGGCAAAAAAACAUCUUCUCUUAGUGUGUCUCAAUGCAGUGAUGACCCAGAUAUCCUGGAGAAGCUUACAUACUCCGAAGCACAGUUAUCAUCAUAUGAUCGUUAUAUUUUAGAUAUAUAACUAUUUUAUUAUCAUUCAUUUGUCUUACAAAAUUGUUGCUCAUUUGGGUUUCAAAGGAUCCUGCCCUUUAUGUGAUCAAACCACAGGUGUGUUAAUUUAAUCUUUUAUGUUAGAACUAGUCCUUUAACCAACUCUCAUUUGAUUUAUCUUUAUAAAAUAAAUUCAAUAUAGGCUUCUAUUUUCGCCUCA